UUAUGGGGGCGCACGAAAGUUAGAUAACAAGAAACGACCCCAAUUCGAUUCGUUUUAAGUUCGUUUAGUCAUAAAACAGUAUGAUUUUAAGGCUGCUAAAUUCCCUCAGUCUCUGUGGAAGGCCCACGGCCGUGGCGAACAGCAUACGCACUCGGUUCUCGCCGGGUGGCCACAUUCGUUCCAGUUUCUACCGGUGGCAUUCGAAUUCGCCGGCGGCCAAUCGCGUGUACGAUGUGAACACACGAGUGCCCAAAGAUGUGAUGCUGUUCAAGUACGAGAAUCCUCGGUUCUUUAAAGUUUUAAACAUUUUCGCCGUCUCACAGUUCCUCUUCUGGGGCUACUUGUGCCACUUUUCGUACACCACGCUCCGGGAUGCCCCGGUGAAGCAGGAUGCCGAGCCGGAGGAAGCACCGUUGUACAAGAAAAUCAAUCUGGGAGAAAACAAGUACCGGAACAGUAUAGCCAUCAUGUGCUUUUUCAUUGGAUACGGUAUUUUGUUUGCUUCCUGGAUGUUCACGCUUCGAUCCGUUCGCUAUCUGGUACUGCGAAAGGGUGGCGACCAAGUCAGCGUAGUAACGUACGCCCCGUUCGGAACCAACCGGAUCAUGGACGUACCGUUGAAGUGCAUUUCCGCCCAGGAAUCGCGAGAGGCCGCUCGGGUGACCGUACCGAUAAAGAUAAAAAAUCGUGCCCUCUUCUACGUGCUUGAUAUGCGCGGUGAGUUUCUGAACACGAAACUCUACGAUUAUACCGUCGGCAUGGGCCGGAAGCUAAAGUAAUCCCGUUCCCUUUGAAAUAAACCCAAAGCAAAGUGUA